AUGGAUGCUCUAACAAAUGAGUAUUAUUUCCCACUCUACUCAGCACUUGGAUAUUUCACUCUUGUCUUUGGACUUGGAGAAAUUUCCAGAAUUCUAACAUCUAAAUAUGUGUCAUCCCGUGGAAAUGCCCAACUCUUCUUGUAUGAACUGAUUGGAACUAUCCAGAUGUGCACUUGUGUUUAUGAAAAUGGAAUCAUCUUCAAGAACUACGGUUUCCCAGCCAUUUUCCUCUGCGUCGGACUCCUUCUUACGGCUGGUGGCAUCUUCAAUCGUGAUGCCUGGACAAAUUGCGCUCCAAUUUUUGAGCAAUUCAUUUUCGGAAAUCUUGGAUCAUCGAAAUUCGUUACCAUUCUGUCUGCACAACUCAUCGGAGCCGCGUUUGCAUCCAAAGUUGCUUACCUCAUCUGGAAUUUGACCGCUCCAUAUUCAGCUGCCCAUUUGGAGAACGCCAGCAAUUUGGAUUGUGUUUUGCAUUACAAGCAAUCUGCUGGAAUCGUCAUUGGAUUUGAAAUCAUCGGUGCUUUCGUCGUUCGUGUCGUCGUUUCCCUUCUUUUGAACCGCCCAGCUUUAAUCAAACUCAUUCCAUUUGCCAUAUCUGCUUACCUAACCCUCGCUCUCUACAUCGUUGGAGUACCCGGACUCAACCCGAUCGUCGCCACUGCCCGUUUAUACGGAUGCCAAGGAAUUGACAAUACUUCAUUCAUGAUUUUGUAUUGGUUCUGCCCUGUUCUCGGAUGGCUUGCCGGAGCCUACUUUGUCGGACAAAAAGGACCAGUAAAGAAGACAGCCAAAGAAGUGAAAGCAGCCAAAAAGGAGAAGAAGGCUGCAGCAGCUGCUAAGAAAUCCGAUUAA